GCAUAAGGUCUCCAGCACAGCACCCGUGUGCAGCAUGAUCCUGCAGUGACAGGAUUGAUCAUUUACUGAGUAUUGGGAAAGCAGCCGAGAACCUUGGAGCCACUAAUAACGACCAAGAGCGUCUUUUGCUGACACUUCAUGCAAAAUGGAGAAGCAGUUAACAGGCACGCUCGCUCUGGCAGUGUUCACAGCCACACUUGGCUCUCUGCAGAUGGGAUACAGCCUGGGAGUCAUCAACGCCCCACAGAAGGUCAUUGAGAGGCACUAUGCAAGAUCUCUCGGUGUCUAUAAUGAAGAACUGGCCCGUAGAGGAGGAGGAAACACCACCGAACAAGAAGAAGCUUCUGAUCCUUCUGUGGUCAUGUACUGGUCCUUGUCUGUGGCCAUCUUCUCCAUUGGAGGCAUGGUGUCCUCCUUUCUAGUGAGCUUUGUUAGCGACUUCCGUGGAAGGAUCAAAGGCAUGCUGGCAAUAAAUGUCCUUGCCAUAACAGCUGGGCUGCUCAUGAGCCUGGCUAAGAUGGGCACACCUCACCUCAUGGUUAUAGCAGGACGCGCUAUCAUGGGGCUGUACUGUGGUCUGUCAUCUGGCCUGGUGCCCUUGUACAUUGGAGAGAUUUCUCCAGUGAAGUACAGAGGGGCUAUGGGAGCGCUCCACCAACUGGCUAUUGUAAUUGGCAUCCUUCUUAGUCAAGUCAUUGGUCUGGAGUUCCUGCUGGGAAAUGAUGACAUGUGGCAUGUGUUGCUGGGUCUUUCUGGAGCUCCUGCCAUCCUGCAGAGUUUGCUGCUGCUUCUGUGCCCAGAGAGUCCUCCAUACCUCUACAUCAAACUGGGCAAAGUAGAAGAAACAUGCAAGAGUCUGAAAAGGCUGAAGGGAGAUUACGACACCUCAAAGGACAUAGCAGAGAUGCAGGCGCAGAAGGAGGAGGCCAUGAAAGAGGCGAAGAUGUCCAUCCUGCGUCUGCUCCGUUCCUCUGUGUACCGCCAGCAGCUCUUUGUGGCCCUUAUGAUGCAUUUCUCCCAGCAGUUCUCUGGGAUCAACGCUAUCUUUUAUUACUCUACUUCGAUCUUCCAGACUGCAGGGGUCGGUCAGCCUGUGUAUGCCACUAUUGGAGUGGGAGUUGUUAACAUCAUUUUCACCCUUGUGUCGGUGAUCAUGGUGGACAGAACGGGCCGACGAACUCUCACUCUGAUUGGGUUGGGAGGAAUGUGCUGCUGUGCAGUGGCCAUGACAGUGGGCCUGGCAUUUCAGGAUGUUUACUCAUGGAUGAGCUACCUCAGCAUGACGGCCAUAUUCAUGUUCGUGUCUUUCUUUGAGAUCGGGCCUGGACCAAUCCCGUGGUUCAUUGUGGCAGAGCUCUUCAGUCAGGGACCACGUCCAGCAGCCAUCGCAUUAGCUGGGUGUUGCAACUGGACAUGCAAUUUUAUUAUUGGCAUGUUUUUCCCUUAUUUAGAGAGUCUUUGUGGGAGCUAUGUCUUCGUCAUUUUUGCAGUACUCCUGUUCGGUUUCACCGUUUUUAUCUACUUGCGUGUACCUGAAACAAAAGGGAAGACUUGUGAAGAGAUAGCAGCAGUUUUCCACCGGAAACGUGGAGCCCCUCCUUCCAAACCCCAAGAAGAGGCUGAGAUGGUGCAGCUCAAGAGCUCUACAGAGGCCUGAAGGAGGACCCUUGGUUUAUGGCAACUGUGGAAUGAACGUUGUUACUGCAGUCACAGAAGAACUUACCUGUUAUGACAGAACUGAAUCUGAUCUGCUGUAUAUUCCACUAAGCCUCAAGCAGAGCUCAUCAUUUGACAGGAAAUAAUUAGUCUAGAUGCAAGUAAAGAGAUUAACUAAACACAACAGCGUAAUCUUGACAGACGGUGCAAUAUACAGUCUACACAAGCACUGGCCUUGGCGCAGAUGAAUUUAGAUGAUUGUAUAUUACUUUUAUAUUCCCAAAGUUAUAUAUCUGUUAAAAAUAUUUUUAAAGGCAUCACAUUGCAAAAUAAUAUUUUUUUCAGUGUAUUUCAGUAGUGAUAUAUGAUUGCAAAUUUAAAGUGAUUUGUCCUUUCAGUUUUUUAUGUGGAGAAUUUGUGUGAUAAGCUAUAAAUCAACUGAAAGAAGGUUAUACAAACUCACAUAAUUAAUAUGGGAGUUAUAAUAUAUGUAAAAUUAAUAUAUGAAGGAACAUAAUCUACAAUUGUUUAGUGUAUAAAUAUAUUCAAAGACAAAA